CGGCGUUCCUGAGUCCGCUAAUAACCUAGGUAAGGCCAUAACCAGGUACAACUUGCCGUUGACCUCCCCAUUUGCCAAGUUUUUUGUCUUCCGUUAUUUUCAUUACAUUUUUUUAUUCUAUUUUUCUUUUACUCCUCUCGAUGCUCACCGUGAGCUUCUCCCUUCCUAAUCACCCGCCGCCAUGACAGAAACAGAAACAGAAACAGCUGUAGUAGUUGAGUCCCCCGCCGAGGCCAUCGUCAUUCCCUCAGCGGAGCCCGUCGCCGCCGAUACACCUCCGGCCGAGCCCAUCGAAAAGAGCCUCAACUCCAACUCAAACUCCAAUUCCAAUUCCAAUUCCGACAUCAACAAAACCAAAAAUGUCGCACAAAAGUCUAGUCCUCUCGCGCGACUCCUCAAGUCGCCAUCUGCCAUAGAUGACUUCGUCCAACAUCUCGACCGCGUCAUUCAGACGCGAAGAGGCACAGAUACUGUCCUCCUCUUCACAACUUACACCGCUCGCUUGAUCGGUGCCAUUCUCAGCAUCCUGGGUCGGACUACUCUUCGUCACUCCGCCCGCAAGGUCGUCGAGAUGGCCUUCAAGCUACCGCCUUCGACCUCAGUCGUCCUCUCUACCGCGACUGCGCCGCCUCUUGCUACUCUAGCCCUCAAUCUGUCCAAGUACAUCCAGGGCUUCACCAACAUGUUGGGUGAGUGGCGUACUAUGAACCGUAUGUGGGGUAUCAUCGGCACAUAUCUCGAGGCCAAGGAUCUGAUUCUUCGUCUACGUGGUCAGAAACUCGAUGCGAGUGGUGUCAAGGUGCCUGCUCCCAACCGAGUCAACACUGCCUUCAUGACUGUACAGAUCAUUUGUAACUUGAUCUACAACAUUGGCGAAGGCGCUUGCUGGCUGACCUGUAAGGGCGCUACCAACCUGUCGCCAAAGACGAGCGCCAAGCUAGGUAUCAUGGCUGCUCGCUCAUGGUGCGCGUGGGUCGCCCUCGAGCUCGUCCGUUUGCUGGUUGAACGUGCGCGCCGAGCGACAAGCGGCGAUGUCGCUGCCGAAGAGGAGUGGAAGAAUAACUGGAAGGCUGAGGUCCUUGGAACACUUCCAUGGAUGCCUCUGUCGGCUCACUGGAGCACUGAAGAAGGGCUUAUGCCAGAGCUUAUGGUCGCAGCGAUUGCUACAUGGCCCGCUACCAACAUGAUGAAGAGUGUGUGGCGCCAGACAGCCUAGAGGGAUGAGACUCAGGGCGCCAGGGAGUUGCCAUAGAGCUGCCCAACAUUUAAUUUAAAUCGAUCCUGCGCUAUUGGGUAUACAGGGGUUCACUUGUUAGGAUUACGAGCCUCGGGGUGAAUGCAUUGCAGAGUUCACAUCUAGAAACACGGCAUGGAUAUCGAGGCUCAUUAGCCGCCGGGAAACCUCGGCCUGUGAUCCAGCGAGGCUCAUGACGUUUUUGGGUUGAGUUGAAUGUGAAAAUUCAAAGCAAGGCGUGAGCAUGUGGGACUGAGCUGCCGAUACCUUACACAAAACAGGUAAUUGAGGGAGAACAAUAAGACAAGGUGUGUGUACAUGGAAAAUGGGAUAUUUCUAUACCCCAGUAUAGUGUAUUGCAGUACAGUGUAGUGUAGUGUAAUCUUUCAUACAGCAUCCAUAUUUGCCGCUGGGUCGUGAGAUAAAUGUUGGACCCUGAUGAAAGCCAACCAGGUGAGUUGUCCUUUCAAACAAUAAUCCCAAGCAAGAUGGU